CAACAGAAGGUGAGCAACUGAUUCUCACAGGUAUAAAAGAAGCCCCUAAAGUGUGAUUGCCGCAUCGUUCUCCCUGCUUUCGUUGUGACUGCAAAAGUAAAACAUCCUUCCAGAUGAAGUACUCGUGGUUGCUGAUUGCCGUCGUGGCCCUCGUGGCUGCAGACGAUAGCGACGACCACGACCAAGGCGACGGCGACGCUGCUGGAGGCGUCGAGGGUCGUACCGGAGCAGGAAGACGACAGGGAUCAAACAGAUUCUUCGAUGAUGGCUUUGGCGGUGGUAUUGGCGGAGGAUUUGGAGGUGGAUUUGGAGGAGGAUUUGGAGGAGGAUUGGGAGGACUAGGAGGAAUCGGUGCUGGUUUGGGUGCUCUUGGUGGCAUCGGUGGUAUCGGGGGUAUCGGCGGUAUUGGAGGAAUCGGUGGUAUCGGCGCUGUCAGGCCCCCAAGCAUCCCAAGUGACUGCCGCUACUGGUGCAGGACUCCCCAGGGUCAGGCCUACUGCUGCGAGAGCGCCCACGAACCCCAGAGCCUCGUCGGAGUAGUCAAACCAGGAUUCUGCCCUCCCGUCCGCCCCCUCUGUCCCCCCGUCAGGAACUUCCUCCCACCAGCACCCUGCUCCAACGAUGGCGCCUGCGGUGGUGUUGACAAGUGCUGCUUCGACACCUGUCUGCAGCAGCACGUCUGCAAGCCCCCACUCGGCUUCGGACGUCGCUAAGGCGCCCUUCAUUCCAAAGCUUCCUCUGCAAAAAUGUAUCCAAUCCCCUUGUAAAACCUUUCUUUGUAAUUAAUGUACAGUACCUAUGUAACUAUAAGGACGUUUAGUUUAUACUUGAAAUAAACUGUAAGCUUAUAAA